GAAAUCCAUAGGUUAGGGCCUCAUUUAUUUAUUUCAGUUGACUGAUUUACAUAUGAACUGUAAAUCAGUGAAGUCUUUGAAAUUGUUACAUUUAUAUUUUUAUUCAGGAUAAAUUGAAACGGUCUUUGCUAGAAUAAGACUGACUCCAUAUUAAUGACAAUGAUUAAUGAAUGAGAUGUUCGACGAGCAGUUGUCCCUAUACUUUUGGUCAUGUAGUGUAUGUUUAUUGUAACAUGUUACCUUUGGCUCGCAAACUAACCAGAAUGUAUGUCAAAUGUGAAUCUCAAAUAUAACCAUGAAGUGAUGCAACCGAACAUGAAGUUGCAAGUCACGCCCCUCCCAGUUCAGUCAAGGACAUAGUCAUCACUACCGUGUACAGAAGUUCUGUCGUUGCAUCAUUUCAGGCGCUGAGGAGAAUACUAUUAAUUCACCCCUUUGUGUCAACGACAAAGCCCCGCUCUCUCCAGCCCCAGGAUGUGUGGUAUAUGGGCCUUGUUUGGCAGUGAUGAGUGCCUGUCGGUUCAGUGCACCAGCGCUAUGAAGAUUGCCCACCGGGGCCCUGACGCCUUUCGCUUUGAGAACAUCAACGGCUUCACUAACUGUUGUUUCGGCUUCCAUCGCCUGGCUAUUGUAGACCAGCUGUAUGGCAUGCAGCCCAUCCGCAUCAAGAAGUUCCCCUACCUCUGGCUUGUCUACAACGGAGAAAUCUACAACCACCAUACGCUAAAGGAGCGGUUUGAGUUUACUGACUACCAGACCAAAGUAGAUGGUGAGAUCCUGCUUCACCUGUAUGAGCGCUUCGGCAUUCAGAAGAUGGCGUCCCUAUUGGAUGGAGUGUUCGCCUUCGUCCUCCUGGACACAGCCAAUAGGAAGGUUUUCCUGGGGAGGGAUACGUAUGGCGUGCGGCCCUUGUUCAAACUACUGACUGACGACGGCUUCCUGGCUGUGUGCUCUGAGGCAAAAGGUCUGACUGAUAUCACCCACUCAAUGUCCUCACCUCCUAAGAUCACUCCAUUCCUCCCAGGACACUUUGAGGUGUUUGACCUGAAGCCCACAGGGAAGGUAGGGUCUAUUCAGAUGGACCGCUUCCACUGCUGCACCCAGGAGCCCAACCACGCUGCCUAUGACACAGUAGAGAGGCUCCCCUCAGGUUUUGUCCCAGAGACAGUGAAGAGCAACAUCCGGUCUUUGUUUGAGAACGCUGUCCGGAAACGCCUCAUGGCCCACAGGAGGAUCGGCUGUCUUCUCUCAGGUGGUUUGGACUCUAGUCUGGUGGCAGCUACGCUGGUUAAACUGGCCAAAGAGGAGAAGUUGAAGUACCCCAUCCAGACCUUCGCUAUCGGGGCUGAAGACAGCCCAGACAUUCUGGCUGCUCGCAAGGUGGCGUCCUACAUCGGCAGUGAGCACCAUGAGGUGAACUUCACCCCCGAGGAGGGUCUCAAAGCCGUGGAGGAGGUCAUCUUUCACCUGGAGACCUAUGACAUCACCACCAUACGCGCCUCUGUUGGCAUGUACCUAGUGUCAAAGUACAUCCGUGAGAAGACUGACAGCGUGGUGAUCUUCUCUGGGGAAGGCUCUGACGAGCUGACACAAGGAUACAUCUACUUCCACAAGGCUCCCACUCCCAAGGCAGCAGCAGAGGACAGUGUUCGUCUGUUGAAGGAGCUGUACCUGUUUGACGUGCUCAGAGCAGACCGCACCACCUCUGCACACGGUCUAGAGCUGAGAGUGCCUUUCCUGGACCACAGGUUCACAGCGUACUACCUCUCCCUGCCUGAGGAGAUGAGGCAACCUAAGGAUGGAGUGGAGAAGCACCUCCUCAGAGACUCAUUUAAAGGUCUGAACCUGAUCCCAGACGAGAUCCUAUGGCGGCGUAAAGAGGCCUUCAGUGACGGAAUGAUGUCUGUCAAGAAGUCCUGGUACAACAGCCUGCAGGACCAGAUGGAGUCUGAGGUGAACGACUUCCAGCUGGAGAAGUCUCCUAAGACGUUCCCGUUCCUCCCUCCCAGAACCAAAGAGGCGUACUUCUACCGCCAGGUGUUUGAGAAGCUUUACCCGGGCCAAGCUGAGUGGCUCAGCCACUACUGGAUGCCCCGCUGGAUCAAUGCUACAGACCCCUCAGCCAGAACCCUCUCCAUCUACAAGCCUGACAAGGACCAGUGAUACAGAAACAACAGUGGCUCUUUUCCAGUGUCCUCACUAGCGUAGCACUUAGAGUGAAGCAGUCUAUUGAGCAGGCAUGCAUUCUAAGUGGUAUGCUAGUAUGGAUAUUGGAACGUAGACUGUGUCAGCUGUCAAUCACUUGUGCCAUUAUUACUACACCUCAUCUUCACACCAUUACUACACCUCCCCUUCACCACAUACCUAUCUGGAAACAGUCUGAUGCUAAAGUUGUGAUUUUUCUGGAAUUUUGGGUAACGAUUAGGCUUACUUUUCAUGCAAAUGAUCACGGUUAUUGUAAUUUUUGUUUAAAAAUGGUUUGACCUUGUAACGCUUCAUAAUGCAUCUUUAGAUAAGACAUAUCUAAUUAGCUACGAUAAACCUAAUGAAUAGAACACAGCAUUGGUGACAUCCCUGUUUCAAAAACGAAUGGAUUUGACCUCUUGGAACUUUUGGAAAUGAAACUUCUCCCAACCGUGCCGUUCCGCUCAUAAAAUGAUUACCAACUUUACCCAUUUCAUGUAAAACUGCUAUUGGGUAAAUUAUUUCUACUUGAAUCUAAAGUUGAAUCCCCCUUUUCCUAAAAUGAAUUUAUUAAGACUAUUUUUUACUUCACGUUAUUGACCAUAAUUAUCGGUUACACAAUUAUGCGAUAAUUAUGGCAGCUCUAUGGAGGAAUCAGGUUAGCCUAGUGGACACGCAGUUAACCCACCAUUCCUAGGCCGUCAUUGAAAAUAAGAAUUUGUUCUUAACUGACUUGCCUAGUUAAAUAAAGGUAAAAAUAAAUCAAAUAAAAUCAUCAAGCUCUAGUAAUUAACCAGUGUUAAUUACAGUUACAGGGUCAGUACUGAUUUGGGAAACUGCUGUUUCACUAGGAAUAGUUGAUAAUGUUGGAAGACUGGAAUGAUGCUGUAGGCCAUCUAUCUGGAAUUCAGUAGCACUACUGUAAUGCUUUCAUCGAUUAUUGUACCAUAUGGUGAUUACAUAGUACAUAUUAUUAUAUCUAAAUUACAUACAUAUUUUAACAGCGUCAGACAUUGGCUAAACCUUAACAUGAUAUUUAACUGUUCCUAAUGAGUGCUUUUUUCUGUCAUUUACAUUAAGUUAGAUGCGUAUAACCGGUACUGCAAUUGUCCUUUUGCCUCUUACCCAGACAGGGAGCAGGCUGUAAUAGGUUCAAUUCCGAUGUCUUGAUUAUGUCACAGGAGACAAUAGACCGGAUAGCUUUUAGGUAUAGAUCAGUUGCGGUCAGUGCCGUUCUAUUUCAGCAUGUUGGAUGACUGUCAUUCAUAUUCCAUUCAGCCAGUUCAAUGUAACAGCGAUAGGUUCAGACUACUACGUGCUUCUCAUAUUUUCCCUAUACCCAUCAUGAGGCUGCUACAACCUAGCCUAUGAAUUAACGUUUAUAACGUAGCUUAACACAGGUCCAGAGACAUAUAUUUGCGGUGACAGACGGUGACAUUCAAUACCGCCUUGCACACACUGUCCUGCAUCUAGCUGAUAUAGGACGUAAUCAUUGGUCCAACAGUUGAAACAGCGCCCCUGCCUAGACUGGAGGGUAACACCCUGCAUGGCCUGGGUCUCUCACAUGGACUGUCACAAUCAGUGACACUUGCGAUGUCUAACAAUGACACAACUCUGUUUCUCCCCGUUUUGUUCCGUUUGCUUACUUUUUAAGAAACGCGUUUCAACAGAAUCCGCGGAAUGAAUAUACCGCUGAUCACGCGUAAACACA